AUGGCUGAAGAAUCCCAAAUGGGUGGGACACGUGUCACGCGAAGAGAGGCUGAGAGGAGUAAGUGGCCGACAGUUGGGUCCCGUAUGAACACAUGGCAAACUCUGAUUCGCGGAGAUGAAGAAAAUGCUGCACAGCUGGGUCCCAUGGCGGGCACAAACAAUCUCCAUACUAGUACGGCAAAAAGCCAGACGAUAGUAGUAGGAAAUUGGGGAGGGCCUGGGGGUACUGGUUGGGAUGAUGGCUCCUACACUGGAAUUCGAGAAAUUGACCUUUCACAUAAGGAUGCUAUUGGGUCCUUGAGUGUGAUCUAUGAUGUGAAUGGUACGCAUUUUCCAGGGCCCAAACAUAUUGUUCCUGGUGCCUACACAAAAGAGAAGAUUGUACUACAAUUUCCACAAGAGUUCAUAGUGAGUGUGAGUGGGUACACUGGUAGUUUGCCUGGGCACCCUGUUGUUGUACGCUCACUAACAAUCAAGACAAACAAGAGAACCCUCGGACCGUAUGGAGUUGAACAAGGCACACCUUUCAGCUUCCCAAUUGCAAAUGGCUUAAUUGUUGGAUUCAAGGGAAGCAGUGGUGAUCUCCUGGAUUCUAUUGGGUUUCACUUAUCACUUUAAGAUGUGCACACCAACGUAAAAUAAGUAAAUAAAAUGACGUCUCUAAAAUGUCUUGGUUUUCUGUUUAUUGUAAUAAAUUUAAAUCAAUGUGUAUAAUGGUAAUAUAUAGACGUUGGUUUCACUGACUGUUAUUACCAUGAUAUACACAACAAUGAUUUGAGGUGUGUUUGAGAGCUUAAAAUAUGCUCUACACUAUGUAGAGCUGAUUGUUUACGUAUGUAUGUUCAUAUGGAUAUGCAAUAUAUGCAUGAUGAAUUCAGUGUGAUGUGUCAAGUAAGCUCUGUAUAUAGAGCUGAUUAAAUAAAAUUGA